ACGGAACGAAGGAGCAGCAGGGACUUGCGAUGCCUCCGGUGAUGCCCUCGAGCGCGUCGGUGGCCUUCCAGCAAGUCCAUGUGCCAUGCACGGCGCGAGGAGCGUCAUUGUUGGCCCAUGGUCAAGCUUCUGACGCUAUGAGAUCGAACCGACGGUCCUUUGCCUUUCCCGUGCUUGUUCCCGUCGUUCAGUCUCUCUGCUUCCCCGUAGCGGAUCGCAGGGGCAUGCAGGUAUCAGAUGCCUGCAUCCAAAGCAUAGCAAAGGAGUGCAGACCCAUGAUCGAGGCCGUGAGAAGGAGCGGAGGACACUUGCUCUACCGAGGAUACGACGAAGCGACAUGCAAGAGGGUGAAGGAGGAGGCAGAUCUUCUCGAUCCUGCUACCUAUGGAGAAGAUGGUGCGAGGUUCUUCCUAGCGAUGGAGCAAUGGCUCAAGGAGCGCCCUAGCUUCACGCGUUCGGUUCGCCCCUCGUGCGGCCACAUCGGGUCAGCGGACCACAAGGUUGCGGCAAGGUGGGGUAUCGCGCACUCGUGCUGGCCUGCAGGAAGUUUCAGCUACGGGUGGUUGAGGGGCUCGGACAUCUUCUAUCCUCCUAGCGUUGAUGUAGGGGAAGAGAAUGCCGGCCAUCGAGACUUCUUCGAGCGCAACAUGGUGGUCGAUGAAGGUCUUGACUUCGCCCUCCGCCAUGGCAAGGAGAUCAUGUUCGCUAGUGAUCAUUACUGGAUCGUUCCUUCGGACUGCGACGGCAGGAUACGGGAGCUCCUGACGUGAAUGCAGGGUGCUGGAUAGCGCAAGG